AUGACAAUUGUCAGCAAAAUCGAUUAUUCCCAUCUAUUAAACUGGCCGCUUCAUAUCGUCAUGUCAAAAUCAACAGAAAAUGCGAAUGAGGAGCCGGUAUUCAACAUUGGAACCGUAGUCAAUGGUUACAAAUUGGUCAAAAAGAUAGACGAAGGAGGAUUCGGGCAAGUAUUCAAAGUGACAAAGGAUGACAAGACGUUCUACGCGAUGAAAUUGGAGUCAAACUUCCUCGAAGGCGGCUCAGCGAUCAAGCUCGAACUGAAUGUGCUCAGCCAACUUCCGAAGAACUCAGUGUUCCCGGCACUUGUCUGUGGCGGCAGAAGAGCCCGUUACCAAUUUCUAGUUCUUGAACUACUCGGAGACAAUCUCAAAGUGCUGAAAUCUCAAAGCACGAAUCCAGAAGUAUGGUCCGACGGAACAUGGUCAAGAGUUGGAAUUCAGUGCUUGUUCGCAAUCAAAGUGAUGCACGACGCAGGCUUUGUCCAUAGAGACAUCAAGCCGAGCAAUUUUGCGAUCGGAUUCAGUGCAACAUCGGAGAUUCGCAGUCGACGAAUCCUUUUAUUCGACUUCGGACUGGCGAGAAAAUUCGUCCGAAAAUUGCCCCAAGCUUCUGUGUCAGUGAAGAAGGAUGUGUCAAAGGCGAAAUCUGCACUUCUGAAGAAUUCCUCCACAACGAAGGCCGUUGCAAAACUGCGAGGCAAGCCUCCGACCCAUCGGAUUCGUGAUCCAAUGAAGAUGAAGAAAAGUGCCGGGAGCGCUGCCAAAACCAAGAAUAAGGAUCCCAGCCAACGGGCAAUGGAGGAGAUACCCGAACACGAGGGAUACAAAUUCCGAGUUGCCAGACCACGUACGGAUUUCCGCGGAACUCAUCAAUAUGCUUCGCCGAACGCUCAUAUGCUCAUUGAACUGGGACGUCAUGACGACAUUUGGUCGCUGAUGUACAUGGUGGCCGAGUCCUUUGUCGAGCUACCAUGGACGGGAUGCGAGGAGACCGAAGUGGAGCAUUACAAGAAUCAGUCAACCAUUCUUCGUCUGUUCAGUGACGAAAAGAACCCGACCCGGUUGAACGCAGAUAUGAGACGUCAAUUGGACGAGAUUUAUUCGAUGCUGAAGGCUUCAAAGUACUAUGACAGUCCAAAUUAUGAUGCCGUUUAUCAAUUCUUCAAAGAUUCGAUGGCAAAAGCCAAAGUCACUUGGGAUACUCCAUUCGAUUGGGAGAUUGGCAACACGUUAUCUGAGGAAACGUCGAAGGGUGUCAAGCGCAAGAUGGGGGGACCAUGGGAGAAUCCUGGGCUCUUUUUCAAGAAAGGUCGCUGGGCUGGACUCAAGUUCAUUCCAGAACUGACACCAAAAUCUGCUCCAACAUCAAAGAAGCAAAAUUUGCCAAAGUCAUCUUCGAAAGGAGGGAGAGCAGCUCGUCAAAUGAGCAAAGAAGACUCGGCGAAUGGUGAUGAUGUAGUUGUGAAUCAAGGUACGCCGGCGCAGAAGUCAGCGAAGCAAGAGAAGAAGGAGAAGACGGUUGAAGAGAAUGUUUAGAUUGAUAACUAGUGUAGAAUGAUGACUCGGUGAAAAUAAAGAUUUAUUUUGAUGA